AUGCGUCCCCGAGCUUCCGACAGUGAGAAGGCCGCUCUCCUUUUGAAUGAACCGUCCUGCAGCUUCUCGACCGACAUGAUGCCCGACGGGAGCCAAUUUGAUCGCGCUACCAAGGACCAAGUCUCCAACUACGACAACCACCCUACUACCAAGCGGUCCGGACCAGCCCACCCUCUGCAAAAAUGUUCGAGGUCAUGGAUUACAGGCGCCGUCGCGUCGUGCCUCACGGGCCUCAUCCUGAUCUCAGCCUACUCUGGCAGCGGGCUAUUCGGCGCCGGCAGCUGGUUAGCCCGCCAUCAUCAAGCACAAUUAGCUGCUUCUCCAGCCUCUCCACCGUCUCGAGCCUCUCCAGUCCGGAACUGGGAUGCGGCCGUCUCGAAGGCGACGGCCUUUGUGGCGCAGCUCAACCUGACCGAAAAGGCGCAGAUGGUCACUGGCCAACUCGGGCUUGAGGCCGGCGGUUGCAUCGGCAACAUCCCGCCGAUCGAGCGCGUCGGCUUCCCCGGCCUCUGCUUGCUCGACGGCCCCACGGCACUGGACCGCGCCGACCUCGUCAGCGUCUUCCCGGCCGGCCUGACGACCGCCGCCAGCUGGGACAAGGAACUCAUCUACCUGCGUGGCAAAGCCCUGGGCGAGGAGUUCCACGAUAAAGGCGUCCACGUCGGACUCGGCCCGGUUGCUGGGCCGCUGGGGCGUCAGCCUUUGGGAGGCCGAAACUGGGAGGGUUUCUCGGUAGAUCCGUAUCUCACGGGCAUCGCCAUGCAACUCACUAUUGAGGGCAUGCAAUCAGCGGGCGUGCAAGCCUGCGCCAAGCACUUCAUUGGCAACGAGCAAGAAACGCAGCGGACCAACUCCUGGCUCGCAAACGGCACGGAAGUCGCCGCCAUUUCAUCCAAUAUUGACGACCGCACCCUUCACGAGCUAUAUCUCUGGCCCUUUGCAAACUCGGUCCGGGCCGGGGUCUCCAGCUUCAUGUGCAGCUACAACCGUCUGAACCAGACCUACGCGUGUGAGAACUCGGGCUUGCUGAACGACAUCCUCAAGACGGAGUUGGCUUUUGAGGGGUACGUCAUGUCCGAUUGGUUCGCGACCCAUUCCGGGGCGGACUCCAUCAACAACGGGUUGGACAUGAACAUGCCCGGGCCGAUUGGCCAUGCCCAGGUUCUCACGGGUGAGACGUACUGGGGGCCAAAUAUCACGAGAAUGAUCAAGGACGGCUCGGUUUCUGAGGACCGCCUGGAUCAGAUGAUCCGGCUGAUCAUGACGCAAUUUUACCUCUUCGACCAGGACAGCGCCGACUAUCCCACCGUCGACCCGUCCAUUGUUUACACCAUCGCGGCUCAGUCAAACCUGCUGGACCUGCUCCCGCUGGAGCCGCCCCCGAGCCGUGAUGUCCGACGCGACCAUGCCAACAUCAUCCGCAAGCUGGGAGCCGAGGCGACGGUCCUCCUCAAGAACGUCAACGGGACUCUCCCGCUCAAGAACCCGGCCAACAUUGGCGUCUUUGGCAACGAUGCAGCAGACCCGGCCGACGGACUGGUCUUUGGGGCUGGCUUCGAGAUCGGCACACUCUCCGUCGGCGGCGGGUCCGGCACCGGUCGGCAUACGUACCUUGUCUCGCCGCUCGAAGCCAUCAAGGCGCAUUCGCGCAAGACGGGGGCUCGUGUGCAGUACAUCCUCAACAACAAGGUGCUGGCCGCCGGCGACUUCAGCAGCAUGUACCCCGUCCCCGAGGUUUGCCUCGUCUUUCUCAACACGUUUGCGUCGGAGGCGUACGACAGGACGGACCACGAGGCGGACUGGAACUCGACGCUGGCUGUCGAGAAUGUCGCGCGGCGCUGCCCCAACACCGUCGUGGUGACGCACUCUGCGGGCAUCAACACCUUGCCGUGGGCUGGGAACCCGAACGUCACGGCCAUCUUGGCGGCUCACCUGCCGGGGCAGGAGUCCGGCAACUCCAUUGUUGACGUUCUCUGGGGCCAAGUGAACCCGUCGGGCAAGCUGCCGUACUCCAUCCCCGUCGAUGCAAAGGACACUGACAUCCCCAUCGUCAACCUCACCGAGGCAGAGGUCACUUCCCCGACGGUGUGGCAGGCUGAUUUCACCGAGGGCCUUCUCAUCGACUACCGGCAGCUGGAUGCCAACAACAUUGACCCGCUCUACGAGUUUGGCUUCGGCCUGAGCUACACCACGUUCGACAUCGACGCAUCUCUGGAGGUCAAGCAGCUGGUCAAGAACGUCGCGGCCGCGCCAAACCCCUCUACACCAAACGCACCCGGAGGCAACCCAGAGCUCUGGGACGCCGUCGUCCGCGUGACCGCCCGCGUCACGAACACCGGGCCUGUUGCCGGUGCCACGGUGCCCCAGCUCUAUGUCUCGCUGCCCCAAGGCUCGGUCCCCGAGGGCACGCCCGUGCAGGUCCUGCGAGGGUUCGAGAAGGUGUUUCUAGAGUCAGGACAGUCUGUUGCUGUCGGUUUCGAUGUGUUGCGGCGCGAUCUGAGUUACUGGGACGUGGCAUCGCAGACUUGGGUCAUUCCGAAUGGGCCGAUAGCGUUCCGAGUUGGCUUCAGCUCUCGGGACAUCAAGGCGACGGCGGAGCAUGCUGUUCGGUCCUCUUAG